CCUACCUCUGCCUGAUUCUGACACCCUGUCGUGCCAUCUAGCGAAUGCAUCGCGAACGCUCUCACGAAUUCCAGCUUAUAGUAUCUAGUCAUCUUACGUCACACUCCAUGCGCAAUGCCUGCGGUAGUUCGGGAGAUGCCCGCUCGGCAAGCAAACCACCAGCCUCAUCUACCAUGACUCCACGGGAAAGAGAAGUCUAGAGAUGGUCAAUAUUCGAGUAUAUAGGUCGUUCAGUUUCCUGCAUUUCUAGAAUCUAUCAUCACAAGCAACUCAACAACAACAGCAACAACAACAACCAACAACCAACAACCAAAAACCAACAACCAGCCUUCGCAACAGCUACUUUCUUCUUCAUUUCAAUCAACAACCACCAAGAACUCAUAUUCCUUCAAGAUGGUUAACGUCAAGUCUCUCUUCGUUGGAGCUUCGCUCCUGAUCAGUGGGAUCUUUGCGGCUCCCGUCUCAUCUGAUGUCGCUGCUCCUGAGGCUCGUAGUCUCGAUCGCAGGACAUUCACAAAAGCGGCUCCUGAUCCAAACAACAUCCUGGAAAACACCUAUAUCGUAGGGCCCAACUACAAGAGUAAAGGCUAUACAUCAGCGACUGUCAGCGACUUGAGCGGCUGCACUGCUCUCUAUAUCUGGGACAAGGCCUUCAUCCCAUCCGUCUUCCAUAUUUUCUGCGGUCAAGAGAGGGCCGAUGGCAAAGCGGCAGGGGAGAUGGUAGAUGAGCUCGGUUCGCAGUGGUGGGCGGGCGGUGCCGGCAUCUUUGCGUCAACCACUACACGGGCCCAGGCUGUCGAGGCAGGACUCAAGGAGGCCAUCCCGGAUAUCAGGAUCAUCAACACUGAAAUCUACACUCCUGGCACGGGCGAUAUGGCGCGAACCAGGGUCACUGUUGCAAAGGGCAGCAACGUUUUCAAUGAACAGAACUACCAAGGCACCCCAACUCAGCCCGGCCAGAAGAACUAGAUGCUUGCAGAGUUUUCAGUAUCAGCUCCGGCUUAGGAAAUCAACAAGAUGGAUAGCGGUCAAUUUGUGUAAGGUAGUGAGUUUCGUACGAAAGUAGCUGUAUUGUCAUUCCUUUAUAUGUUGUAGACCUUUGGAUUUUAUCAAUUACAAUUGCA